AUGGACGGGUCACAAGUGAAAUCGGUGAGGGAUAAGGCUGGUAAAACGGUGCGCUUCCGAGUGGCAUCUGCCAACAGCGGCCGGGUGCUCACGGAGGUGUUCAAGGAUGAAGCGGGUUGGGGCAGAUCGGUGUCACACUCAGGCGACUCCGGGAGCACAGGGAGCACAGGGAGCACAGGUACGGACCGGGACCAGGACCAGGACGGCGUGGAGCUACCCACCAGCGAGGCCAACAGCCACCUGAACGGACUGAUGGAGGGAAGCCCUGCGGACGAGACCGGCGCCGAACCGGACGACCUGCUGCUUUACGCCAGUGCCAAGAGAGAGAUGAGGUUCACCAACAAGAGGGUCAACAUCUGCAGCAAGAACGGGACCAUCCGAGGGGUCAGGAACAAAGUGAGCGCGGGGCAGGUGCUUUUCAACAACCUCUCCCACGUCUACUCUGGUAAUCCACGUCAACAAAAAAGGAGGCCUUGGGAAAAGCCGUAA